GGAAGUCCCGUACCCGGCGCCCUACAAAAAAUGCCGUUGGACCGCCCGCAGGUUCGCAGUGUCGCAGCCGCGCAUCGAUGAGGGGUCCCGUUGAUAACGAUCUGUGAAAGAACCGAACCCCGCCGCGGCGAAACAGAAAUCCCAUCGCCCUCAAUUAAAGUGAAAUUGUAUCUCGGUGUGAGCCACCGGGACCGAGUGUGAGGUUAAUAAAAAUCGGAACGUGGCCGGCCGUGACUGCAAAAGCGGGCUCGUCAUUUGAGGCUCUCCCGGUGAAGUGUGUGUCCGCCAUAAGAAGGAAAAAAACGGAACCCAACGGAACAGUUCCGGUUGCUGGGUGUUACAUUCGUAGCGCUUCAAGAGAUUGGGUGAUCAAGUGUGGUGAAUCCCAGAAUCGAUCGAGAUUAAGGUGAUUUGUGUUGCAAAUUAUUUUUGAAAGGACAGUGAUCGUACACCAAGAGAUCCGCCGUUUGCAGCACUUUGUGGAAUUUCAUCAUCGUUGCUUGCGAUUCCGUCGGGACCACGGAGCAUGGAUCACAUCAUGACGCGCCUCACGGUGGCGCUUGUGCUGCUGGUUGCUGUCGGAAUCCAGCGGCAGAUCGGCGUGACCGGAAGCCCGGUCGCCGGGUCGUUCCGCAGCGUGCCGACGACGGUGAAAACGUACGAAAACGAAACGGUGCUGCUGCCGUGCUAUCAUAACUCACCGUACCGGUAUGUGCGCUGGUCACGGGAUGAUCUGCUGCUCGUCGACUCUCGCUACCCGGACCUGCGCGCCCCGCCAAGGGUGCGUCUCUGGAGCAACGGAAGCCUGGAGGUGGCAAGCGUGCAAACCGAGGACACGGGCGACUAUACGUGCGAAAUUAUGACCGACGGUGGCCGUGCGUCGCAGAGUCACGCGAUCGAGGUGCAGUAUCAAGCGAUGGCCACCGUGUACCCGGAGGACACCGUCGACAUUCGCGUUGGCCAAAUCCUGGAGGUGGCCUGCCAGGCAACGGGUGUUCCGCAGCCAUACGUCAAGUGGAGCUUUCAGCACGAAAAUGCGACCGCAGCGUUUGAAGACGAUCGCAAACUGAACGUCCUGAUUGAGGAUCGUCACUUCUCGGGCCCCGUCCAGUGUACGGCUACCAACGGAGUCGGCGAGCCAGCCAUCGCGUCGGUUGACGUGAUCGUGAACUUUGUGCCCGAAAUUGAAGUGAAGACCCCCGUCGUGCACACGCGCCUCGGAGAGACGGGCCUGCUCGAGUGCAACGUGACGUCGCACCCGGUCGCGUCGAUCCACUGGUUCCACCACGGGCUUCCGGUCGUGUUCGAUCGGCGCAUCGUCAAGCUGGACACACCGACCUCCAAGCACCAGUAUUAUACGAUCCAGCGCCACCAGCUAGUUAUCCGCAAUCUGCGCGACUCCGAUCUGGGCCAGUACGAGUGCAAAGCCGGCAACCGGGUUGGGAUCGCGGGUUCACAGCUCGAACUGACCGGCCGGCCCAAGGUGGCCCACUUUAAGCCGGCCGCCGAAAUGUCCUCCCCGACGACGCACAACUUUAUCUGGCAAACGGAGAGCUUCUCGCCGAUCAUCGAGUACAAGCUAAAGUUUCGGCGCGUCCCGUCGGGCAACGUUACUCCAGCUCGGCGUACCUUUCCGCAGCACGACUGGAAUGAGUUGAUCAUCCCGUCGGAUGGUUCGUACGGACCGCUGCACUCGAUCGGGUACACCUUGCAGGGCCUACAAGCGACGAGCGUGUACGAGGUGAUCGUGCUGUCGCGGAACCGCUACGGUUGGAGCGAUCCGAGCAACAUCCUGCGGUUUGCGACCGGCGGUGAGUUAGAAAUUGACUCGACGGUCGGCACUGCGGACGAUCCUUUCGCCGGUUCCGUGCUUUCAUCAUCGCCUGCCCUGCAAACGACGGAAACGAUCGAGUACAGUGAGUCGGACCCGGCAGAGGCGGACAAUAUGAUCCCGAGAGACUACUUCGACUACGGAGGCGCUUCGGCCGCCGGUGGGUUAACGGUUCCUAGACACACAGCAGUGGUGCCCGUUGUUCUUCUGGUCGCACUGUUGGCCUAUUGCGCGAGGCUGAAAUAA